AUGUUUCGCCUCAGCCUUCGUGUGCCCCUCCCUCGUCUUUUCUCCACGAGUGUGUUGAGAAGCCAACACGUGCCUUCGUCGUGUGCAGCCGGCACUGUUUUGAACCUAAAGGUCCGGAAAAACGGCGAUGAGCCUGUUGCCUUGGAAGACUCUGAAUAUCCGGACUGGUUGUGGACGAUUCUCGACAAAAAGGGCAACGACGAGAAGCUAAAGGCCGAGGAUAUCAUGAGAUGGAGAAAGAAGCAGUUGAACAAGGCUAACGCCGAGAAGAUCAAGGCUAACAACUUCCUUUCGAAAAAGAAGUAG